UAUUCUUGAACAUGUGUUUAAACUGUGUUAAUGUUUUCAUUUCAUCACUGCAGCUGUUCUAUAAAUUAACACCCUUCGCUGUAAUACAGUGUAGUUUCAUGUUGGUCCUUAUUGCUGUUUUGUUUUUUUAACAUUCUUCUGAGAUUGUGUUUACUGUCCCUCUGCUGAAAAAACCUUUGGAUACUGUUCGGUAUCUGAUCAUUUUUUAACUUUGUACAUGAUUUGAAUGGUUUUAAAGUCGACCGAGUUCUUAAGUUUCAGUUUCAACUUCCUUUAAGAGUCAGGAAACCAGACUCAUGAUGAACAGCCAUCUGCUGAAACUGUAGUGGGAGGGGAUAGAGGGAGAAUGAGCAACGAUGAAUAAAAUAGAUUUAGCAACGAUGCCAGUAAUAAUGGUAAAGGUAUGUGUGGUAUUAGCAGAAAAAGCUAAGUAUGAUAAUAUACUGAUCAGUCUAAUAUCAACGUUAGCCCCUGUCACAAUCAUGAAACGGGGAGGACUGAUUAUGAUCAUUAUAGAAGUUGAAGUUGAGCUGCUCUCAGAUUCUCUUUAACAUUGAUAAUAAUGAUAAUAUAUGUAAGGCUGAUAUUAAUGUUCUGCGUAAAACAAGUACACCCUCUUCUGUUACGUUGUGACCUCGUCAGAAACCUGACAUGGGGAAAGUAUUGUUGGGCAAACUGUGACCCAUCUCUCCACCAUGGUUUGCAGAUUAACGUUGUCAUAGUUGCUGAGGCUGAUUGUAUCUGUAUACAUCUGAAAUUCUACGUUAAGAUAUUACGUGUGGCUCAAGUUUUCUGAGUUGUCACCAGUUACCCUUUAUUUGAACUCUCCCCUUUGAGUCUUAAGCAAGAGAACUGAAUUUGACAUCGCAUCACCGCAAGCUUUUAUUUGAAACGACCAAAUGUGAACUACAGAGUCAGACUAUCUGACAGUUGGCCGAAUAAACCACUGCAUCAGGUGACCACUGCAUCAGGUAGCCACUGCAUCAGGUGACCACUGCAUCAGCCCAGCACAGCAGGUCCAUCCUCUGUCGCCUCUCCUCAGCCAAUGAAGGACUCCAAGGAGAAUUACUCAAUGACCAACCAAGGGAUGCUGGACCACAUCAAGCCGUGCUGGUACUGGGACAAGAAGGAUUUGGCCCACACGCCCUCUCAGUCAGAGGGCCUGGAUCCUGGCACAGAGGCUCGGUAUCGGAGAGAAGGAGCGCGCUUCAUUUUCGAUGUGGGGACCAGACUUGGCCUACACUAUGACACACUCGCAACUGGCAUCAUAUAUUUCCACCGUUUCUACAUGUUCCACUCUUUCAAGCAGUUCCCCAGAUAUGUGACGGGUGCUUGCUGUCUGUUCCUGGCGGGGAAAGUGGAAGAAACCCCAAAGAAGUGUAAAGACAUCAUCAAAACCGCUCGCAGCUUAUUAAAUGACGUGCAGUUUGCCCAGUUUGGAGACGAUCCGAAGGAAGAGGUCAUGGUGCUGGAGAGAAUUUUGCUGCAGACGAUCAAAUUUGACCUGCAGGUGGAGCACCCUUACAUGUUCCUGCUGCGCUACGUCAAGCAGCUGAAAGGUGAGAAGAAUAAAGUGUGCAAGGUGCUGCAGAUGGCAUGGACCUUUGUCAAUGACAGCCUGUGCACCAUGCUGUCUCUGCAGUGGGAGCCAGAGAUUAUCGCUGUAGCUGUCAUGUACCUGGCUGGCCGUCUUUGUAAGUUUGACAUCCAGGAGUGGACAGCCAAACAAUCGUCUCGCCGCUGGUGGGAGCAGUUUGUCCAGGACGUCCCAGUGGAGCUGCUUGAAGACAUUUGCCACCAGAUCCUGGACCUGUACUCCCAGGGGAACAAGCCCAUCCCUCAGCAGAUCCAGGAGAAGGAGCGGGCCUCUGUUCCUCCUCUCCCCGCUCCCCCGGUCCCACUGGGACAGCCGCCAGCCGCCAACCCUCCUCCCCCACCACCAAAGAAGACUUCCCCUCAGGGAGGCAGCCCUGCACGCCAGCUCAAACGCUCACAUACAUCCCCUAAAGAUGAACCAAAGGCUCCAGAACAAGUUGGAUCAAAGAUUCCCAGACUGGAGAGCCCCAUGCCCCCCCUGCCCACAUCACAGCCUCCACCAGGUAAAAAUCGCAAACCCGCAGCUCCAGCCCCUCCCACAGAGGCCGAACCAGGAAGUGAAACAGCUCCUCUACCCCCGCACGCCCCACCUCCACAUCAGCCCCCUCCACUCCCCCAUCGCCCUCCUCCACCUCCGCCCUCCAACUACAUCAUGUCCACCACCAGCUCCUACAUGUCUGGAGAAGGCUUCCAGAGCCUGCAGUCCAUGAUGAAGACAGAGGUUCCCUCCUACGCCCCCAUGCCUCCUAACUAUGCUCCCCCUAUACCGCCAUACCACCCCCACGUCUACCCACCGCCUGCAGCACCACCUCCAGGCCCUCCACCGCCUCCAUCCUCGUAUCCACCGCCCAACUUGCCACCCACGUAUCCCCCACCAGGCUACAACAACUAUCCUCCACCACCUCCGCGCAUGCCGCCGGGCCAUGUGCCUCCUCCAGGUAUCGGUCUCCCACCUACCGGGUACCCUCCUCCACCUCCUGGUCCUCCAGGACAGUCACAGGUGCCGCUGCCCCCUCCACCUGGCAUGCCCCUGAACCGUGGCGGGUUGGAUGAGAUGAGAAUGAGACAACAGAGUCUGAACUGAGUCUCUGCAGCUGUAAAGAAAGAACAAGCAGGAACUGAACUGAAGGAGAGCCUGAUCAGCUCCAGGCUGACUUUUGUUGUCGAGGUUCUUCAUGAAGGCUUCACAACGUCAAAGUGAGGAUUGGACGGGUCUCACCAGGUCAGGUUCUCAUAACCUCAAGCGUGGUGUUAUCAGUAGAACCUGACCCGUUGAGAAAACAUAACAGUUUUGAAUGAAUAGUUCAAACAUGUACAGGAUGGGUACUAUUGUGCCCAGUUCCAGGAACUUGUAACAAAGACUGUCGGCUGUUUGUUAUUCUGGAAAUGUACCCGGAAAUGUUUGAACCCUGAACUUUUUAUUUGUGUUGUUUAGUCACACACUCUUUCACUCAGUUUAAGGGGAUGCCAUGUACAAUUUUUACUUAACCUUUAGGAGUUCAAAGAUGGAGUCUUUCUAUAUUCAGUUGGCCUGAUUGUGUUUGUUUUUCUCUUUGAUUGAUUUUCAUAAACACUCGCUCAUAUAAGUGUCUCUCUCCCUGCUAUCCUUUUCUCCACAUUCCUACUGUUUUGCUGAGAAAUCGAAGUGCAGUAACACAUGAGAUGAUCGGACAUGCAGUCGUCUUGUUAUAAAAGGAAAUAACAUUUUUUAGUGAAUCUGUACAUGAACUUUAGAACAACAAGCCUGUUAUCAACCAUGUCUAACACUGGACAGUCUUACGUAUAUUUGUACAUAUCUGAUCUUUCCAGUUAGAGUCCUUUGUUUGAGAGUUUUAUUAUCCAUAUGUGCCUUAGCCAGGCUUCUCUUUUCUGUAUCCUGCACGCAGCUUUGGUUUGUGUCUGAGUCGCACUUAGGACAAUAAAGCAGCUUUUCCUACUUUGAAUCAAGCUUUGCUUCUUCAGUCUGUAUGAGGUAAGGUAUUUCUCAUUAAAUAAUCAUGAUUCA